AUGAUUUCCCAAAUGUUACGCCAGAGACUGGGUUUGGCAAAGACUAUACCAACUCUUCAAACCCGCAAGGCUUCAUCUCUACUCCAACCACGCCACCCCUUCUUCAACCCAUCAACAACACGCACCAUGAACAAAGACCUCGACCCACUCACUCGCCUACGCCUCCAGUACGCUCAACGCUUCUACCACUCAGGAAACUACUACUCCCGCUCUAAUGGCGUAAUUUCCACCUUCUACGUCCUCUUCGGCGUAAACGCCCUCGUCUUUGGCGCCCUCAACUACGCAAAAUACACCAAAGACUGGAAACUCGAAAAACUGCUUCUGUCAAACACUUUGCUCUCUCCCGCAAGCGUGGAUCAAGGGCGUUGGUGGACAAUCAUCACUUCUGCAUUCGCUCAUGUCGAUCCUAUUCAUUUUGCUUUCAACAUGCUGUCGUUGUAUAACUUCUGCUCGCUUUGUGCGUUUAUCCCUGGAAUGAGUGGAUUGCAUCUUGCUGCUGUGGCUGGCGGUUCAGCGGUAACGGGUGGAUUGGGCUUCCUCUACCAUCGCAAGACCAAAAUCGCAGAAGCUGGUCGCGGUGACUGGCAGUCCAGGUCUCGCAACUACAACUCCGCUGCCUUGGGCGCUUCAGGGGCUGUGAUGGGUAUGGGUUAUGGUGUGGUGGACUCGUACUUCUUGGACUCGCCGACGUCAGGCAUCGCGCAUGCUGGACAUUUGGGCGGUCUUGUUUUUGGUACUGCAUACUAUCUGGCUUUCUUGAGAAAGUCGCCAAUGGGUGUCUGGAGAAACGUUCAGAGAAUGAUCUCGAGAAGAUGA